GCUGUGUCCUGUCAUUAGGUUUGUCGCGAUUGGUCGGUGAGGAAGUAUGCAACGCUCUGUACCUUUACUGGUUGCAGUUUCGGGUCUGCUGCACCUAGCCUUGCUGCCCGAUAUCACCACGGAAACACCACCAUCACGGUUCCGAGUGACAGAUGGCGUAUCGACGCCCCCUUCUCUAGACAUGGUGUCCUGGUCACUCGGAAGCAUCAGCGACGCCAGCCGUCGGUUUAUACGCCAGUUGGAGUUGGCGGCCCGUAAUGGCACGGCACGACUGCUCGGCUUCCUAAGGCCGGGCGAGGGUUACCAGGAGGACCAGGAGUGCACGAGCCCGCGCGGCAAGAAAGGCCGCUGUCGGCAUCUGAGGUACUGUCUGUUCGGGGAGCACCGCACCUUGCACGCACUCCUCGACUACGCAUGCGUCAUUGAAGGCCGGUAUGUUGGCGUGUGUUGCCCAGAGGGUCAGGAGGAGAGUGUUAUUGGUAACGCUGACGGUGGUCUCCCUGGCUCAGAGGCCGCAGGUCAACUGCCUGCCAUCGACCCGGGUUUGCCUCCUAGCAGUCUAGGGGUCUUCUCCUCAACACCAACCCCUGGCUCACCCCCACCUCAGGUCAGAGGUUGCGGUGUGAGCACUGUGGCCCGCGUACGCAUUGUGGAUGGUCAACCGGCAGAGCCCAAGGAGUGGCCGUGGAUGGUCGCACUGCUGAGAGACAGGGACCGCCAUUUCUGUGGCGGGGUACUCAUCACGGACCUACACGUGCUCACCGCGGCUCACUGCCUCCACAGAAUGACUGCAAAGGAUAUAAGAGUUCGUCUGGGUGAAUAUGACUUUACUCGUUCCAAUGAGACGCGAGUUCAGAACUUUGAGGUAGUGGACAUUCGUGUACAUUUGAAUUUUUCAUUUGAAACAUAUGAAAAUGAUAUUGCAAUUCUGAAGAUGGAUCGGCAGACAGCCUUCAACUCUUACAUCUGGCCAGUGUGCCUUCCUCCUCCCGGCCCAGAUUUCGAGAAUAUGACAGCCAUUGUGACAGGAUGGGGCACCGUGUCCUACGGGGGUCCAACCAGCCCUGUGCUUAUGGAGGUGGCAGUGCCCGUGUGGAACCAGGGGCGCUGCACUUCCCGAUACACGCAGCCAAUCAUGGACACGGCCCUCUGUGCGGCUGCCUACGAGGGGGGGAAGGAUUCCUGCCAGGGGGACUCUGGAGGUCCGCUGAUGCUGCAACUUGAGAGCGGGCGCUGGGCUGCUGUGGGUAUCGUGUCAUGGGGGAUCCGCUGCGGGGAGCCCAACACUCCGGGCAUCUACACACGCGUCAACCGCUACCUGCAGUGGAUAGUUGAGAACGCGGUCUUCUGAGCAGCUGAACAAGAUGGCAGAGACACUCGACAGGACUUCACUUUGCUAUAUUUACUUUCAAGUUAUUGCGUAAUACACAGAAUGAAAACUGUGAUGAUGGUUUAUGCCGAAGUUAGGGGAGACAAUCCUUCCAAGGAAUGCCAUUUCUUGAUACCAUAGCCACCACCACAAACAGAUUCCUGUAACCUCUGGUAAGUCCAGAGGACAAUAAUAUAAAAUAAUGACACGUAAAUCAAUACGGGGAUUCAUUUAAAACUGAACCUUAAAGGAAAAUAUCGCAUUUUUAUCUCGAUGAACAUAAAACAUAAAUUAAUGUUCAUAAACCAUGCUGUGAAGUGUCCUCCAUUGUUUUGAAAACAUGCAUCAGGCUCUUAGACCAUUGUUCACAAUUGCAAACUGAAAAUGAAAAACAGAGUUUUCAACAUUUUCUGUAAGGAUACAGUUCUAAACAAAUCACUCUGUAUAAUUCAUAUUAAUGUGAUGCAUAUGUAGCACAACGUGGCACUGAUGACUGCAACAAUUUUGAGGAAGAGUCAGUUGUAUUUCAGGGGUCAAUGUAAGGAGCAGAUUUGUUCGCCGACAGGGCGCAGUAUAUAAACAGUCGGACAGGCAAAUAUAUGCAUACUGUGAAAAAUGUUUGAUGAGUCACUAGGGAUUCGGUGUUUGUUAAACACGGAUAGGGCUAAGGAAUGAUAAUAUGUCAGCCAUACUGGUAACAAAAAUAUAGCCUUCUGGUCUCUAUAGAUAUGAAGCUGCUUGUAUUCCAACAAGAAAAUAAUCUAAUUUUGCACGCACGCACACACACACACACACACACACAAAAAAAAGGAAAAUUAUCCUGUUGCAGUGAUCUGAAUAACAAAAUUUGCUGAGCUCUGUUGCGAGGCUGAAGGUGUUAUCUGUUGCUAGGCAACAGACAAUAACGUGAAGUGCAUCUCAGACAAGACAAAAUGGUUAUGUGUCGAGAAAUGGACAGGAGUCCCUUGGGACCACACAAUUCAUUUUAUUAUUCAAGAAGAGAGCGUCCUUACAGGCUGGAUAACCAAUGGCCUUGCUUGCGAUGUCCUCAGGCACUUAGCACUCAUGAAUAGGUGAGCUGAUUAAGUAACACAGCAAUUUAAUUUUUAAUGUUCAAAUUUAUUUUCAUGUAAUUUUUAAUUCAGUAACGAAUAAAAUAAUUUCCUUGUU